AUGGCAGACGCCUUUGGUGAUGAUCUUUUCAACGUAUUUGAAGACAAAACAGAGACAGCUUCAUCUGAAACUGGUAGUACUGAACCUGACAAAAGCACUACAGGUUCUGCUAAGACCGAUGCCCAACGAACUGAUGACCUCUUAAAAAGCAUUGUGGGCAAAAGACCUGCUGAGGACAAUGACAAUGAAAGUAAUCAGACGAAAAAAGUCAAGGCAACACCACAAGACUUGGGACCGACGGAUGUCAUGCCCAGGAUUCAGAUCCAUCGAGUAGAGACUGUGGAAGCCUGUCAACAUGAAGUUGCUAUACCACCUGAAGCAGAGUUUGUUCCCCUGAAGGCAGCAUCAGAAAAACCUGCUAAGGAAUACCCAUUCAUCUUGGAUCCUUUUCAAAAAGAGGCUUUGCUAUGUCUAGAAAACAACCAGUCAGUCUUGGUAUCAGCCCACACAUCUGCUGGCAAGACUGUUGUUGCUGUGUAUGCUAUAGCCAUGUCACUACGAGACAAACAGCGUGUGAUCUACACUACACCUAUCAAGGCUCUCAGUAACCAGAAAUACCGUGAGCUGUUUGAAGAGUUUCAGGAUGUAGGGCUUAUGACUGGUGAUGUCACAAUCAACCCAACUGCAAGCUGUCUCGUCAUGACAACAGAGAUCCUGAGGAGUAUGUUGUACAGAGGUUCAGAAAUCAUGAGAGAGGUGGGAUGGGUCAUAUUUGAUGAAAUUCAUUAUAUGCGUGAUAAAGAAAGGGGCGUGGUCUGGGAGGAGACAAUCAUCCUGCUUCCUGAUAAUGUCCAUUAUGUGUUCUUAUCGGCCACCAUCCCCAAUGCACGCCAGUUUGCUGAAUGGAUCUGCCAUUUACAUAAACAGCCUUGUCAUGUUGUGUACACAGAUUACAGACCAACCCCUCUACAACACUACAUAUUUCCAUCUGGUGGGGAUGGCAUUCACCUUGUUGUGGAUGAAAAUGGUGAAUUUCGAGAAGAGAACUUCAACACAGCCAUGUCUGUUUUACGGGAUGCAGGUGAUGCGUCUAAGGGUGAUAAGUGGGGAAGACGAGGUGGAGCAAAAGGAAAUGAAACAAACUGCUUCAAGAUUGUGAAGAUGAUUAUGGAGCGAAGCUUUGCCCCUGUGAUAGUGUUUAGUUUUAGUAAAAAGGAUUGUGAGGCUUAUGCCAUGCAGAUGGCCAAGCUAGACUUUAACUCAGAGGAAGAAAAGUCCUUAGUAGAAGAGGUUUUCAACAAUGCAAUAGAUAACUUAUCUGAUGAAGACAAAAAACUUCCACAGGUGGAACAUGUCCUGCCACUCUUGAGGAAAGGAGUUGGUAUCCAUCAUUCUGGUCUACUGCCCCUUCUUAAGGAAACUAUAGAGAUCCUGUUCUCUGAAGGACUCAUUAAGGCACUGUUUGCUACAGAGACUUUUGCUAUGGGACUUAACAUGCCUGCCAGGACAGUAUUGUUCACUAGUGCUAGGAAAUUUGACGGGAAAGAUUUUCGAUGGCUAACAUCAGGAGAGUACAUACAGAUGAGUGGUCGAGCAGGACGAAGAGGUCUUGACGACCGUGGAAUUGUAAUUUUGAUGGUGGAUGAAAAGAUGAGCCCUCAAGUUGGCAAGACUGUUGUCAAGGGUGAGGCUGACUCUCUGAACUCUGCUUUUCAUUUGACCUACAACAUGGUGCUAAACCUUUUACGAGUGGAAGAAAUUAAUCCGGAGUACAUGUUGGAGCGCUCCUUCUACCAGUUUCAGAACUAUGCUGCUAUUCCUGAAUUGUGUGAGCAAUUGAAGAAGGUGGAGGAUGAAUAUGCUAAUGUUCAUGUUCCAAAUGAAGAACAGGUUGGACCUUACUAUAAAAUACGACAACAAUUAGACAAUCUUGGAAAGGAGCUUCUACAGUACAUACAGAAGCCACAGUAUCUGCUGCCCUUUUUACAACCAGGCAGGGUCAUCAAGGUAAAAAAUGGAGAAGAUGACUUUGGCUGGGGAGUACUUGUCAACCUACAGAAGAAGUCAAAUCAGAAGAAGUCAGUUGAGGCAUCCGAUCCAGUCUAUGUAGCAGAGGUCUUACUGAACCUGACAAAGGAGAGUGCACGAGCACGUAACAUAACCUCCAUACAAGCCUGUCCGCAAGGCGUGCGUGGUGAAAUGCAGGUUGUACCGGUCCUCACCAGUCUGAUCCAGUCAGUCAGUGCUGUAAGACUGUACAUCCCACAGGACCUUCGUCCAACUGACAACAGACAGAGUGUAUCCAAGUCUCUCCAGGAAGUGGAGAGGCGGUUCCCAGAUGGAAUACCUCUACUUGACCCUGUAGAGGAUAUGGGAAUCAAGGAGAAAGGUCUCAAAGAAAUAGUCAAGAAAAUUGAAGCAUUUGAGCAUAGGAUGUACUCACAUCCACUUCACAAAGAUCCUAACCUUUUGGAGUACUACAAGGAGUAUGAGAAGAAAGCUAAGGUGGGUAAUGAAGUAAAAGCCAUUAAGUUAGAGCUUAAGAAAAAGAAGUCACUUCUACAGAUGGAUGAAUUGAAGUGCCGCAAGCGGGUCUUGCGGCGCCUUGGUUACUGUACUGCCUCCGAUGUCAUAGAACUUAAAGGAAGGGUGGCUUGUGAGAUCAGCAGUGGGGAUGAGUUGCUGCUGACAGAACUUCUUUUUAACGGCGUGUUCAACGAUCUGACAACCCAGCAGACAUGUGCACUCAUGAGCUGUUUUGUGUUUCAAGAAAAAUCCAGUGAGAUGCCUAAACUGACUGAGGCUUUAUCAGGACCUCUCCGAAUCAUGCAGGACACAGCACGGAGGAUUGCGCGGGUCAGUCGGGAAGCAAAGAUUGAUAUUGAUGAAGAACAGUAUGCAGAUUCAUUCAAACCACAUAUGAUGGAUAUUGUCAAUGCUUGGUGCAAUGGAGCAACCUUUGCAGAGAUCUGUAAAAUGUCAGACAUUUUUGAAGGCAGUAUAAUCCGAUGUAUGAGGCGACUGGAGGAAACACUCAGACAGAUGUGCCAAGCUGCCAAAGCCAUCGGAAACACAGAACUGGAGAACAAAUUUGCAGAAUCUAUAAGGAGUAUAAAGAGGGAUAUUGUAUUUGCUGCCAGUUUGUACUUAUGAGAAGUGGAAUAGCUAGUACUAGAACUCUAGUCUCAGCAUCCCUUAGCAAGGCUUCACCAAUCACAGAUGUGUGAGGACAACAGGUGCUAUGAUGAAUCUCGUGACAUGAGGAGUGUUGUGUAACCUGGAUUUGUUAUAUGAAGUUGUCAUGUGAUCACGGAAAUCACUACAGUAGAUGUAUAAGUGUUGUAUACCAGCAUUCUGUGAACAGCUUCUACACAACCAAAUACAAUAGGAAGUGGAGCCCUUCUACACAAUAGACUGGCCACAUACAAAACUAUCUGUAGAUUGGUAUCUCAUCUGCUUCACCAGCAACACCUCCUAUAUCAUGUCUGCUCUAUCCAGUGCUUCACAUGAAACUAAAUCAUGAGCUGUUGAAGUUCGCAGAACUUUUAUUGGUUCAGCAAUGUCGAGAUAAUUUAUGAACUGGUUUGGAGCAGGAGAUUGGAUCUUGUUAAUACCAGUUAUAGCUUGUUGAAUAUCAUUUGUAUAUAUAUGUACAUUAUCAUUGUUGUACAUUUAAUAAUGUAAAUCCAGUAUUUUCUCACAUUUCAUAAAAAAUAAGUCAGUACUAGGUACUAGGUCAAUUAUCAUGUAUAGUGAUCAUUUCAUUUAUCGAGAUUUGAUUGGACAAAAGACUCAGUAUUGUAUAUUCAUUUCACUCACAAGACCAAUCUCAUCAAAAAAUAAAAUUUCAUUUGUAGA